CCCCAUUCGACGACGCACUGUUCGAUUGACUUGAUCGAUGCUGCGGUGGUUCUUCCUUUCUAAUGCAGCGGUGGCGGUGGCGGUGGCUGCCGACCCGUCGUGGCCCCCCACUGGCCAAUGCUCCGUCCCCGGCUACACCUCGUGGACGUCGCAGUGCCCGUCGCUCACGACCAGUGUCAUGCCCAUCGUCGUGACCAAGCGCGACGUCGGCGGUUUCGGGAACGUUAACAUGUCUGCCCUUGACACCCUGGACGAAGCGCGAGCUGUGCUACAAGGCACGAGCGCUGUGAACGCCAUGAAAGGCAUGCGGUCCGAGUCUGUCGAGUACUACAACUCGUCGCUGGCCAACAUGAUGAUCACGUUUUGCUACGUGACAUCGACGACCGACGAACUCGAUCGGUGCGUGCCACCCACGAGUCCCCACGCCCAGCGGAACAAGGGCAACGCUUCCAACACGUGCUUGGUCGUUCCUGGAGACGGAUCGUGCGCGGCCAAGAACCUGUGCGAACGCCUCCCCAACUGCCUCUGGCCCACCGCCGACCCCACCAAACCUCGCCUGCCUCGCUUCACGCAAGACCAAAUCGAUGCUGCCAACAAAUGGGUGACCAAAAACUACGCCGAGUCGUUGGCUCCGUACGCUGGCCCCGGGAUUGCCUUUGCUGUGCUCACAUUUCUCGGGUUUUUGGCGUUCUUUAUCCUGCGCUGCUUUUGCAACCGAUGUGGCGGCCGUGACCCUGUCGAGCGAGGGUACACGUGGUGUGGGAUCAUGACUCCUGGAGUCGCCUUUUUCGUGUUUUCGAUCGUGAUUUUCAUUUGCUCGGCGGCGGCGUACGUCCAGAACAACACGGUCACGGCGCGGAUGCACGAUCUCUUGGACGUACUCACCGAAGUCAUUGGCAACUUGAACAUCAACUCCAAGAACCUCCUUGCGCCACUGCAUGCGAUUCAAGACCUGCAAGGCAUCACCACAGCCCAAGUCCACUCUGUCUUGGCCGACACGUCGUGGGUCACUGCCGGCGCUCUUCAAUUGCAGUCUAUCGGGGACAACUUUGACUUGACCUACACGAACGCGUUCCCCAAGACUUGUAUCCAAAACGGCGACGUGUGCUUGACAUGCCCGGCGACCAUUUGCGGUGGCUCGUCCGUGGCGCCCCAGGCGACGCUCACGGAGUGGCGCGUCGUCGCGGACCAAUUGGAAUCGACGUUUCAAAUGACAAGGGACGCCGUGUACAGCGGGUCGGUGACUUUGUUUUCAGCGGCCAACGACGCCGAAGACAUACUCACGUCGGUGGCGAGUGCCACGUCCGACUCGGGGGCGACUGUGGCGUCCGUGCAGAUGACGUUUGAUAGCAUCUCGUACACCCGAUCGGGGCUCGUCUUGAGCAUUUUCAUCUUGGGUUUGUUUGUGGCAUUUCUCGGCAUGGCUGGGUUUGUCAAGGGCAUCUGCAAAGAAAAAACCAAGUGGGUACACCUCCUGCACGCAUCGUGGGGCCUCGGCGUCGUCCUCUGCAUCAUCUCGUUCGUGGUCGCGUCGUGUCUCAUCGCCGUGUCCGCCGUCUGGUUUGACGGGUGCCAGUACCUAGACAUGGUUAUGAACGACAUGACGCCGUACUUUUCCGCGGAAACCAGCCGCGUCGUCGGCGCGUGCAUCAAGGGGACGAGCACCCUUGCGGCGCUCGGGAUGGCCACAGUACAUGCGAAAUCGUGUGAAAUUGCCGAGCGAUACCGUGUCGCACAACAGCUGGGUAUGGCGACGCGGUUCACAACGUUGAGUGCGCUUGGCACGGACAUCAUGUCGUACAACGAAACCCAAUUUGGCUGGGACCCAGUACAACACUAUGGAAUUGUGAAGACGGCAGCGGAUGCGAUUGGGUCGGAUAUGGUGGCGAUGGCCAACUACGCCGUGUUGGAUCGUCCGUGGACGUUGUUUGUGAAUGGAGCCCUCCCGGCUGACUGCACUUCUGACACGGACCCUGCGUUAUGCUACAUGAAGACCAAAUGCACUGGCGGUGUGGCGACGCCUUGUUAUACGACGUUCAGAGAUGCACUCGUGUACACUCGCGCGCGCAACUCGGUACAAGAUAAGCUCAUGCGUAUGCGGCAGGACUUUGUCGGCGGCGUCAACUACCCCAAUUCGAUCGGAUGGAAGGGGGGGGACAAGUCGGUGCUCGAGCUCGCCCGGGCGUAUGCGCAGCGCCUCGAGCGGUUCGUCACGACGACUUUGACCCCCGUCGCGACCUUGAACGUAUGGACCCAAGUCAACGCGCUGCAAUGCACGUCCGCCCCCGGCUGCGGCUGGAUCAACGAAGAGUACGCGAUGGUGCACAAUAUCUUGUGCCAGGACUUGCUCGGCGCGUGCCUCAACAUUGCGCUGUCCGUGUUCAUGAACGCCUUGUUUCUACUCCCGAUGGCCGUGUGUGGUAUUGUGCUGCAGAAGCGACUGCGCGCGAUCCGGGGCGGCACGUACGGGGCGAUGGAACCCCCGACGGCGGGGGGGGGCGGCGGGGGUGAACUCACGGGGCGCCAGAAGCUCGAGAAGAAGCUCGAAGCCCUCACCAAAGGCCAAACCACACUGUGAUACUACGAUAAUAUAUAGACACCCAUUGCAUUGGAUA